GAAGGAGGAUGAUGGUUGGAGGUGCGGCUCACUAUAUCUGUGCAAUGACACAGCGCGUUACGCACUUCCAGCACCAAGAAGUCAGUCACAGGACAGACUAGAGCUUUACCUCCAGCAACCAGCCACAUCUCAUACACAGGAAAUAAACGGAUUCAGGAGACAAAAUGAUGUACUACAGCAUCCUUGCAACUUUCUGUCUGCUGGGCAUGGCCAGCUCUCAAAAAAUAGACGGGAUCACUGCUUGUUUGACUAAGGAACAAAGCUUACAUUUGAACUGCACGUACACCACAACACAGCCUGUAUCAUGUGUCUUUACAAUUGAUAAGAAAGUAGUGGCUGCUACUAAUAGCACCAUAGUUGUGGAUUCAACCUACAAGAACCGGGCCACAGCCACCAUCAUUAGCAAUAAUGUAUGCCAAAUGAUUCUGAAAGGAUAUGCAGAUGACCAGCCCCAGACGUACAACUGUAAUCUCUACCAGGGGAAUACAAAUGCUACAUUGUCAAAAACUGUGGAAAAGAAAAACACGAAUCCCUGCUCUGAUGGCAAUGUUCUGAAGCAUGGUGGUGUGAUUCUGCUGUUGGCUGUUGUUUUUCCUCUGCUGUCUGGCAUGCUGUGAGCCAUCACGAUAAAUAAUGGAAAGAAAUAUAGCCUUAAACAAUCACCACUGAAGCCAAAGUUUCCUUCCUGCUCUGAAGAAACGAUCUGCUCCUGCUAAAAGUUUAAGUGCUUUCAAAUGAUGAGGAUUAUGCCUGUAGUUUUUGAUUAAUAUCCAUAGCUGUAUCUGUGUUGGUGACAAAUCGGUGUUGGAAUUUUCUGUGUUCUUUCUGUGUAUUAGUUGUGAGUACUUGCUCUGCUGGCAUGUCAUAUUAUAUUACAUAAUGUAUUAGAUCCUAAGAAACAUGUGAUGCAUGUAGGUACUGUUUUAAGUGUGUUUAGAUUGUUAUGUUUUAUUACUCUGAUAUUCUUGGUUUAUUUGGAGUGUUGCAUUCCUGCAUUAAAUGUGAUUGACUAUAUAGCUUGUCUGAACUUGAUACCUUGUUUAAUGAAAUAAAUGCAUUGUCUGCUA